AUUAUUUGGCAUAAAACUAUUUCUGUCAAAUAUUCGUGAAAAAGAAAAAAAAAUACAGUGUGAAUGUAGUACAGUGUUGAAGAAACUUUCCUUUGUUUUGGUGGGGUAUUAGUAUUUGUUUGUUUGAAUAGCAGACUUCAAAUGCUGCUGCUGCUGCUGCCGUCUGAAGACUUUUCUCAAGUCAUCUAAAGUCUUUGCCAUCUUUGACAAGAUAAAACCUUUUAUUGGAGCUGAAAGUUUUAUCAAAUUUCAAGUAGUACUGCAAUUUUUGAUAAAAAUUAUGGUGUGGUAUCAGAUUUAGUAGAUUAAAGGAACUGUAAAAUUUGAGCUUUUGACUAUUCAAGAACUGGAAAAGAUUGAAUCUUGCACUUUGUAGAUGGUGGAUUUUCUACAUUUCUGAUUGAGAUAAAGUUUAUGCUGUGGGUUCAGAUUUAGCAGCCUAAAGGAAUUGUAAAAUUGGGCUUUUGGCUAUCCAAGAACUGAAAAAGAUUGAAUCUCGUGUCCCGUAGAUGGUGGGUUUUCUACAUUUCUGGGAGGGUAUUUUAGUAGCAUACUUAAGGACAUGAAGUGUUUUCCAUUCUACAAUGCUGAGAAGAAGGAAGAACCUAAAACCACGAAGUCAAAUCCAGUUCUGUCCUCCUCUUUUGGUCUUUUUGAUAGUGAAUUUCGGCAUUCUCAUCGUGAGUCCAGCUCUCAGAAUGUAUCAGAUACCAGCUCAGAGUCUAGAGGAAGGAGCCAAAUUCCAAGCCUAUCAGAUAGACCUUCUGAUCUCAGGGCAUUUACAUUCUCAGAACUGAAAGCAGCAACAAAGAAUUUCAACCGUACUACUAAGAUUGGGGAAGGUGGAUUUGGAUGUGUAUAUAAGGCCACAGUAAAGACUGGUGAGGACUCAUCGAAAAAGAUUGACGUGGCUGUAAAGCAACUUGGUAGGAGAGGAUUACAGGGACACAAAGAGUGGGUGACAGAAGUCAAUGUUCUCGGGGUUGCUGAACAUAAAAACCUCGUCAAAUUAGUUGGCUACUGUGCAGAAGAUGACGAGAGAGGAAUUCAGCGGCUUUUGGUGUAUGAAUACAUGCCUAACAGAAGUGUCGAAAACCAUUUGUCAGCUAGGUCAGAAACCCCUCUCUCCUGGGCAAUGAGGUUAAAGAUAGCCCAAGAUGCUGCUCGUGGCUUAGCAUACCUACAUGAAGAAAUGGAUGUUCAGAUUAUCUUCAGAGAUUUCAAAUCUUCAAACAUUCUCUUGGACGAACAGUGGAAUGCAAAGUUGUCAGACUUUGGAUUGGCUAGGUUGGGACCUCCCGAGGGUCUAACCCAUGUCUCAACUGCGGUUGUUGGAACCAUGGGAUAUGCUGCUCCUGAAUACGUUCAAACUGGCCGUCUUACUUCCAAGAGUGAUGUAUGGAGCUAUGGUGUCUUUCUCUACGAGCUGAUUACUGGUCGACGCCCUCUAGAUCGAAAUAGGCCUAGGAGUGAGCAGAAGCUCUUAGAGUGGGUAAAGCCAUACAUAUCAGAUUCUAAGAAGUUUCAGCAGAUAAUAGACCCAAGGCUUGAUGGUAAGAUCUCAAGGUCAGCUCAGAAGCUCUCUAUAGUCGCCAACCGCUGCUUGGUCAGACAUGCAAAGACACGUCCAAAAAUGAGCGAAGUCCUGGAAAUGGUGAACAAAGUUGUCGAGACAUCAACAGGAAUAGGAAACCCUGGACCACCUGUGAGAAUCGCGGAACCAACUUCACCAGAAUCUACAAGGAAAGGUAAGAGGAAGAUAGAUACCAAACUCGGAGAUGGUAACCGGUUAGUACGUAUAUGGUCAACAAAGCUUACAAACACUUGUUAAUACAAUAGUUUCCAGUAUGCACAAAGAAAAAACAGAGUUGAAAGAAGUUUUAACAGAACAUUUUAUCCAUCAGAGAGAAAGGUAAUGAAGAAGCACAGAUUAUAUAACUAGUUCCCAAUAUGAAUGAGGUCUUCUCCAUUAUUAUCUUAUAUUUAUAUAUAAUAUAGAUGUUUAAAUUUAUAGAGAAAAUCGUAAUCAUUCAAAUGUACAUUCAAAUUUAGAUGUGUUUAACAAAUGAGGCAUAAGUGCUAUUUGUAUGAAGUUAAGCAUUAUUGUC